AUGUUGGAAGGCGUAAGUGUUCCAAGCCAUUGCCACAGGCUUAAGGCAGAAAAUCUCCAAGAUGCAUACAUAUGUGAUGGGUGCAAGGAGAGAGGCGCGGAAUGGCGAUACAGAUGCCGUGCCUGCAAUUACGACAUGCACAAUUUCUGUGCCACGGCUUCUCCUUCCAUUCCCCACCCAUUAACUGCUGCAAAGAUGGCAUUAUUGUCAAGCCCUGUUGCCAAAGACAGCCUGUGGUGUUGCGCUUGUGAGAGAUCUGUAUCGGGUUUGAGGUAUUACUGCAGUGCCAGCGGUGACGUUCUGCAUCCUUGCUGUUCACGCCUUCCAAAAACCUACACAAACGACUCCAUUACUCUGCGUUUGUCCAAAAACUUGUCAGCACAUCCCUGUAAUUGGUGUGGUCAAAGAAAUCGCGGAUGGGCUUACGUCUCAUCAGAGUACAGCAUCCACGUUCAUUGUCUCAAAGAAGCCUUGGAAACGCCAGAGAACCCAGAAUUUAAUUACUCUUCUCCUCAAUUUUCCAGCGGUCGCCUCCAAUUAACAGCAGCACCCAUGAGCACUUCAUAUCAUCAACACUCACAAGCGGGAUGCAGCACUUCAGGAACUCUACAGAAGUACCAGCCCAUCAAAUCUAAUCAUGGGUUUAAGGGCUUCUGUAAAAAGACCAAGCUGCUUCUCAAAGGCAUCCGUGCAAUGCUUUUUGGAGAUCCGUCCUCUGUUUUGCAGGUUUAUGCGACCUUUGCGUCAGACCAGUAG